AUGGACCAUAAUCAGGCUGCUGUGAAGUUGCAGAACAUGUACAGGAGUUUUCGCCAGCGGCGCAUGUUAGCGGACACCAUUAUAAUGGAGCUCUGGGGGCACGCGAUAGACUUUGCUCGACUGAAUAUCAGCACGACUUUCUUCUUCCAGUGCGUGAAUGAGAAAUGUUCCAAUACUCGGUGGACUCGUAUUGGCUUUAAUGCUUCUCUGGUGGGCAGAGGCUUGUCUGAAAAUGAAGAAGCACAAAUAUUGGCUUUUGAGCAUUGGAUUGAAGCUAUUGAUCCACGGCAUCGUUAUGGGCAUCACUUACGAAUGUACUACAACCAGUGGUGUAGUUCUAAUGCUGGCCAGCCCUUUUUUUAUUGGUUGGAUCUAGGAGCUGGGAAAGAGAUAGAUCUCACAGAAUGCCCAAGAUCUAUUCUUCAAGAACGACGCGUUAAGUAUCUUGGGCCUCUGGAGAGGAACCAAUAUGAAUACAUCGUUUCAAAGGGGAAAUUUAUUCACAAACGAAGUGGACAUGACCUCCAUACAAUCCAAGGAUCACAGGCAGCCAAGUGGAUAUUCGUAUUCAGCACCUCCGGGAGACUCUAUGUCGGAAAGAAAGAGAAAGGGAGGUUCCAUCAUUCGAGCUUCUUAGCCGGAGGAGCCACCAUAGCUGCCGGAAGCCUAGUGGCAGAGCAUGGAAUUCUCAAGUCCAUCACUCGAUGUAGUGGACACUACCGGCCAAGAGACGACAGCCUAAAGCGCUUUUUAUCCGUUCUCGGAGAAUACGGAGUGAACCUUAACGGUGUUCAGAUAGAACCAGCACAAGGUUGCAGCUGUAUUAAUGCCUGA